AUGGCUACUCCAGGACUCUCUGAUCUCGAGGCCCUGCUCGAGGAAGCUGCAUCGGCUGCGGCAGCUCUCGACCGGGAGAAAAAUUCUAGCUCCGUCAAGAACGAACAUCGAGACAGUACGCGCUGCGAGGAUAACCGUGACGGGGAUCGCGCCCAUGGUCGUGAUCGUAGCCGUAGCAAGGUCAAGAAGGAAGACGGCGAUGUCGAAAUGAAAGAUGCUCCUCAGAGCGCGCCAGCGGGUCCUCAACCAGAACAAGCCGCUGCCACCGAAACCCCUCUAGCAGUCCUUCGCUCAGCUCUAGCGUACGAGUUUGGCCCGAUGCCGCAACAGUCUCAGUACAGCACUCCUGCCUACGCACAGUAUGAUCCUUGGCUGGUUCCCCGCUCUGCAACCGACAACUCUCCGGCAUCGGCGCCAACCACGGGGCCGACGAGUCCGGAAUAUCCCCCGAGCAGAUCCAUGUACCUCCUAUCCAGCGUCGAUACUGUCACAGCGGGAUCACUUCACGCCCGCCAAGUACGCCCCGCGGAACACGUCCUUUCGAGGCACUUGGGAUCUAUUUACCGAUCAAGCGAUUUUUACUCACUCAGCGAGCAAGCCGCCAUCAACGCCAAGGUGCGCUUCAAGCACGCUUUCCAGGACACCGUCGCCGCGUUCCAGGCGGACCGCGCGGCGUUGCUGGAAGAGGGGAGGAGGACGGGCAGUCCGAUCAUUCCGGUGGAGAUAACGAAGCGGAUGAUCACUAUCAACCCUGUCUAUGACAUCGAGCCGAUCGAGAAGAUUACCGAUGCCUAUGUCGACCGGUAUCUCUGGUCCUAG